CAAAUGUUGAUUCCCGGAAAAAUUUAUUUUACAGUGGUUUCCGAGCGAUUCGGCACAACAAUGUUUUAGAACCCAAAUAGCUUCAAAUCAGGGAGCGCUGCAUCUGGCAACACUGAACGGGACGGGAACAAAACAGGAAGGAAACUAAUUUAUUUCUCACACCGUACCAUUCGUUACUGCGCGGAGUGAAGUGGUGGUGUUGAAGUGCUGUGGUGGCAAGGAAAAGAAUCAUGAGUCAGCCGACCUGCCAAGUGUGCUUUACUCCAUACGACCCCAAGGACCACCGGCCGCUGUUGCUGCCCACCUGUGGCCACACCUUUUGUGCCUUCUGCCUGGGAUGUCUGCAUAGCCAGGGCAAGACAAGCUGUCCCAAGUGUCGUAAGGAUGGGGCAGUGAAGCCAGUCUCCUCCCUGCCAGUGAAUUACAGUCUGCUGGACAUUGCUGAGGGCAGUGCAUGCAAGUCUGAUGCUUCUGCAGAACCAAACUCUGCAAGUCCUCCUUGGGCAGCAGGUGCAUCAAGAUCCCAAGUACCAACACCUCACUCAGGCCUUGGUAAUCACACUGACCUGGAUGGGGCUGAGGUUCUGCUUGAUGGCAGUUCACGGUUUCCACUACCAUCAAACUUUUUAAGUUCUCUCAGACCAGCAAGUUUACAUCCCCAAACACCAACACUCCACACAGUUGGCCACAUUAACCAGGUAAAAUUUAAUAGUCUUGAAGCAGCAAUCACUGCAAGUUAUCCUAAUGCUUCAAGAUCCCAAUUCCAUCAGAGCCGUCUGAGGGAAAAACAAUUGCAGAAGAGAGCACGAACUCUUUUCAAACAUGAUGCCAAUGCCUCACUAGCUGCCUCCCCAUGCCAACCCUCCCCGGCCAUUGAGAACUCCCAACCAGCAACCUUCUCAUGCUCAAGUUACAUGACUGCCUCACCUCAAUUUGCAAGAACCCAGGAUGCUCACAACUCUGCCAGUGCCAUCCUUACAGUGCUGGAGAAGGAGCAGCAGGAUGAAUUGGACUUUCAGAUGGCUGUCCACCUCACAUUUUGCAAGGACAGCAGCCAUGACCAUGACCAUCACACCAGCUGUUCUUCAUGGUGCUGGGAGAAUCCUCGAUGAGGGUUAUUACAUGUGAGAUAGGCUGCUCAACAACAUACUGAGCAGCAGUCCUGGGUGAUGCAGAUGGGACACAGCAGGAUCAGCAUCCUUGAGGAGAAGCAACAGAGGCUGUCCCAACCCUCAGCUCCUGUGGUCCAGUGCCUCCCAGGACUGGCUGGCCAUGCAGCAAAUGAAGCAGAAUAUCAAUAGUUCUUAGAGGUAUUUUUGCCACAGUAGCUGAUAAUAACCCUUUGACUGCUCUUGGCAGCAUGACUCCUUACUUUAUUUGUGCAAACAUAAAUUAUCUGACUGACCAAAGGUAAAAACUAGUCACUAAACGAUUUUAACCACUGUCAUCCCUCCUGUUGGCAGUGUUGUCUUUGGAAAUUACUUGCACCAGAUCAUCUCAUUAAGCUAAGAAGCCAAACAAAUCAUAGUAUUCAAAGGGUUGACCUCACAGUGACUUCUUUCAUAAAACAAAGGAAGGCUUCACAAAUGUUACUUGGAUUUGUAAGUAAAGGUAACAUUUUAGAACUUGAGGAAAGUCAUAUGUACAACUGUCACUCAAAUGCAAACACUGUGCCUUAUAUCUCUGCUUUUGAAACUCUGUGGUCCCAAGUGUGUGAUAACUCCACCUUCCACUGCUAUUUGUCACUUUUUUCCUUAAUUACUAACCACUCUGAGACAUUUUCUUGUUCUCUCUAAACAUUAUACUGGCUAGAAAUUGAUUUUUUUUUUUAAUCCCCUUCAUUGUUGUAGAUGUUUAUAAAGAUUCCUUCCUUUGCCUUUAGUGCUGUGAAUUGUUGCAUAUAACAGUGAAAGGGUUAAGCUUCAGUACUGUGUGGAAUGUUACAGUCACCCAGGCAGUGGACAGAGAGGAGUCAAUCUAGAGGCACACAUGCAUUCUCUCUCUCUCUCUCUCUCUCUCUCUCUCUCUCUCUCUCUCUCUCUCUCUCUCUCUCUCUCUCUCUCUCUCUCUCUCUCUCUCUCUCUCUCUCUCUCUCUCUCU